AUGUUCAACACUGGUGGAAACUGGACGAGUUUUUUUUUCAGCGACAAAUAAUUCUGUAGAAUUUUUUUCCUUUCGCCGCAGUUCAAAACAGAAUAAAGAAGCAAAAUGUCGAUCGUGAAGAAUGCUCGCCUGUUGGCCACUCGUGGCGCCCGCCUGGCCCAGAACCAAUCUCGUCGCAACUACUCCGAUGAGAUGAAGCUGACCUUUGCUGCUGCCAACAAGACCUUCUACGAUGCCGCUGUGGUGCGCCAAAUUGACGUGCCCUCAUUCAGUGGAGCUUUCGGCAUCCUGGCCAAGCAUGUGCCCACAUUGGCUGUGCUGAAGCCCGGAGUUGUGCAGGUUGUGGAAAAUGACGGCAAGCUCACCAAAUACUUUGUAUCCAGCGGUUCCGUCACUGUCAAUGAGGAUUCCUCUGUCCAAGUGCUGGCCGAAGAGGCACACAAUGUGGCAGACAUUGAUGUUAAUGAGGCCCGACAGCUUCUUUCCAAAUACCAGUCCCAGCUGAGUUCUGCCGGUGACGACAAGGCCAAGGCGGAGGCUGCCAUCGCCGUUGAAGUUGCUGAGGCACUGGUCAAAGCUGCCGAAUAGACAUAAAACAAACAAAAAAAAAACAACAUAAAAAUAAAAUGCAAAUGAAUGAAACAUAACUAAAUCGAACCCCAAUAUCGUGUGUUAUGAAACAAUAAAAACAAAAAGAAAACUUAAAA